AUAAAUUUCCUAUUUCACCUCAUCUGCUGUUAGCCAUUGCAUCACACACAUUCAACAAUUAAGUGAAAGUCUGAUCUUUGAUGAUAACCAAACUCUUUCUAAGCGCCUACCUAAGAUUAGAUUCACUUGUGCUUCUUGUUAAACUGUAUGUACAAUUUUCUAUCCUAGUUUCCAUUAUUGAAGGAAGAAAGAUAUUGACAUGGAUAUGAGCGGAGAUAAUUCAAGAGCUUCCUGGGUUUCUAUUACCCCAGUGAAGCAAAAUCGAGACCCGAUCUGUAGUUAUCAGCAAGAAAAUCAAACAACUCAGCCUUGCAACUUUGUUCCUGGACAAGUUUGCAAAGAAACUGAGCUGCCUGAAUCAAGUCAGGUCUCCCAUGUUCUUCAUGGAACUGGGUUUCCUGAAUUAUCUGCUCACAGCAGUUUGACAAAUCCUGUGAAAGCAACCACUGAAUUGAGUGGUACAACCUUCUCCAUGGAUUGUGUUGAUAAAAAUAUUCCAUUUUGCGAUCUAUUGGCACUUGCAAAUGCUGCUGCCAAGACAGCUUUGGGGUCAAACGAUGUUAUUGGUUCUAUACCAGUAACUCGGUUUGAAGAUAAAGAAGCAGAAGAAGGGAAUGAAACAAAUCAAUUAGGAAAGGAGAAACAAUUUGAUAACAAUAUGGGUGUUGUCCAGCAAACAGAACAAUCAAGUGAUGCCAUAUCCUCACAAGUGUUAGAGAAAAACAAUUCUGGUCCAGGGGGUAAUGUAAGUUUGGGCAGAAGCACACCAGCGCAGCAAAAACCAAGGAGAAAAAGGUACAUGCCCAAGGUAGUAAGAGAAGGCCAGCCUAAAAGAACCCCCAAACCAACAACCCCAAAACCUGUUAAACCAAAUGAUACCCCAAAACCUAAGAGAAAAUAUGUUCGAAAGAAAGGAACCAGCAUUCCACAAAAUCCUCUCUUUGUAGAUUUAACUGAAACAGAUGAGGAAACUCCAAUAAACUUAACUAACACAACCAGAAACUUUUACCCAGACACUCCCUCGGUAAAUUUAGACAGCAGUAAGUCAGAGACAGCUGGCCGUCCCCAAAGAUCCUGCAGAAGAUCGUUGAACUUUGACAGUUUGCAAGAGGAAGAAGAAAGUUCUCCAUACAGCAAUGCCUCAGGAUUUCAAUCACAAAUUUCUUACGCAAAAUUUCAAUCUCAGCUUGGGCAGGGACCGGACGUGAGUGCUGUAAAAGGUCAAUUGGAUCAAAUAGCUGAUGUCCAAAGUUGGAGUACAAGAGCCAAAUGUCGCAUUGUUUUCUCAGACGUAACUCAUGACAAGGAGUCGAAUGUCAUACAGAUGAUAGAUUUAAAUUCUCCUCCAGCGUCUAGUAGUCCAAAUGAUUCCAACUGCAGCACCAGUACCCCAUUAUCCAAAGAGGAACAUGCUAGAAGGAUGAAGAGAGGACAUCCAAGUCCCGCUGAUGAUCUCUAUAACACCAAUAUAGUUGGGGCACGCCAAAAUUCUGUACAAGCAUAUCUAGCAAAGUUCCCAGUUGAUCAGGAUAUCGAUGAUGGUAUUCCUGGAAUGCACUUUCCAGCGAUUUAUAAGAAAAAGAGAACUGAAAAAUGCCAAAAUGUAAUAGAUCAGACAACUGGAUACUCUCCAAAGGUUAACUGGGGGGGUGCUUUCACACCAGAGUCAUUUGCAGCUCAAUGUGCUAAACCUCUCAUUACUGGAACCAUGAUGGAUACAGGCAAUAAGGGAACUAGAAAGAAGCGCUCAAAGGCCUCUACUAGAGUACGGGAUAUCGCUUCUCUGAUUGAAAUUGCAGAGAGCAUACAAUCAACAAGAUUAAGUAUCCAGCAAGUUGGAACUUCCCGUCAAUCAUACUGCCAUACAGCAAAAACAACCAAGAAGCGAACUAAGAGAAAUCAUCGGGCUUCAGGUGCGUUUCCUGUUGAUGCGCUAGUUGAACAUUUAAGGCAUCUAGAUAUCAAUGCAGAAAGAAAGCAGGUUGCAUACCCUAAUGUGUGGGCACGCAGCUACAAUACUGCACAAUAUCAAGAGCAAAAUGCAAUCGUUGUUUAUCAGAGAGAUGGCACUCUUGUGACUGUUAAGAAACGAAAAUCACGCCCUAGAGUUGACCUAGAUGAUGAGACAACUAGAGUCUGGAAACUUCUGCUGCAGGACAUAAAUAGUGAAGGUAUUAAUGGGACAGAUGAAGAGAAAGAAAAAUGGUGGGAAGAGGAGAGAAGAAUUUUUGAUGGAAGGGCAAACUCAUUUAUUAAGUGCAUGCAUCUUAUUCAAGGAGACAGGACCUUUUCCAGGUGGAAGGGGUCAGUUGUGGACUCUGUUGUUGGUGUUUUCCUUACACAGAAUGUCUCAGACCAUCUGUCCAGUUCUGCCUAUAUGUCACUCGCUGCACAAUUUCCCCUUGUUGAAAAGAGCAACCAUAAUCCACUUUCGGAAGACGUGGUGAACAUUACAGUAAAUGACUUAGAAGCAUGCAUACUAAAUCCAGAUGAUACCAUCGAAUGGCAUGGUAUUAAGUCAAAGCCACCCACUUUAACCCAAAAAUCAACAAUACUUGAGGAUGUUGAAAGUAAUGAAGACAUAGAAGUAGUCAACAGCAAUGAAUCCUCUGUAAGCAGCAUGUGUUGUAUUAUACCAAAAGAUAUUUCAAGCUGCAAUUGCUCGGACAUUGCUGGGACCACAUCUUUUGUUGAGCUUCUACAUAUGACAGAACAAAACAAGUACAAUGGGACAGCCAUAUCAGGCAUACACUGGGAAGGAAAAGAAGUUUUUUGUAGUUCAGAAAGUGGAUUAUCAAGAGAAAAUGCAAGCCACAGUGUAGUUCAUCACAUGGUGGAAAUCCAAAGUAAAGAGGUACAGAGCUGCACUCGAAAUGAUUUCCCAGAUUGCAGCAUUCAAACUGAGUUGGAUAUAGUGUGUCAUCCUCAAACAUCUUCUUCAGACCUUAAGAAUGAGGUCAAAUCCUCUGAUCAAGACCAGGUCGAGAGAAUUAAUUAUACUGAAGGACCUAGGACAUUGGAAGAGACAGGUGGCACUGGUACUUCUGAUAUUUCUACAAAGAAUGAGCAGGAAUCAAGUCUAGAAAAACACAAUUCUCUUUCACCCACGAUCACUGAUGGCAAGACUUAUAAACCCAAAAGGGGAAGAAAAGGUAAACAACCUGCAGUUAAAUGGGAUAGCUUAAGAAAGCAAGCACAGGUCAAUGGUGAAAGAGUGCGCACGCCUGAUACAUCUGACUCGGUGGACUGGGAGGCAGUAAGGCGUGCUGAUGUUGAAGAAGUUGCUCACACAAUCAGAGAAAGGGGAAUGAACAACAUGCUUGCCGAAAGGAUUAAGGCAUUCCUUGAUAGACUUGUUAGUGAUCACGGAAGCAUUAACCUUGAGUGGUUGAGGGAUGUCCCACCUGACAAAGCAAAAGAAUAUCUACUGAGCAUCAGGGGGCUGGGUUUAAAGAGUGUCGAAUGUGUUCGGCUUCUAACGCUGCACCAUAUUGCUUUCCCAGUUGACACAAAUGUGGGACGUAUAGCUGUUAGACUGGGAUGGGUACCGCUUCAGCCACUGCCUGAAUCGCUGCAGUUGCAUUUGCUUGAAUUGUAUCCUGUGCUGGAGUCGAUCCAAAAGUAUCUCUGGCCAAGACUCUGCAAGCUGGACCAAAGAACAUUAUAUGAAUUGCACUACCAGAUGAUCACAUUUGGGAAGGUCUUCUGCACAAAAAGUAAACCUAAUUGCAAUGCGUGCCCCCUAAGAGGAGAGUGCAGACAUUUUGCAAGCGCAUUUGCAAGUGCAAGGCUUGCCCUACCAGGGCCAGAGGAAAGAAGUAUUGUUGCAUCAGGAUAUAAUGUAGUCAAUCCAAACCCUGUUGUGAACAUAAAUAGAUUACAGCUACCUGCAUCUCAGAGUGAUCAAUUAUCGGAAAAGAAUAUGCAGAUCAGCCAUUGUGAGCCUAUAGUUGAAGUACCUGCAUCACCAGAGCCCAUAAUUGAGGUGCCAGCAACACCAGAGCCUGAAAGAGCAGAAGGAGGAGAAGAUGACAUUGAGGACCUUUUUGAUGAAGAUCCCGAUGAAAUUCCUACAAUCAAGUUGGACAUCCAGGAGUUCACACAAACCUUGCAGGAGUACAUUCACAGGAAUAUGGAACUUCAAGAAUGUGAUGUGUCCAAGGCUUUGGUGGCUUUAACUCCAGAAGCUGCAUCCAUCCCAGCAGUAAAACUAAAAAAUGUUAGCCGACUAAGAACAGAACACCAAGUGUAUGAGCUUCCUGAUACACACCCUCUGUUGGAUGGGCUGGACCGAAGAGAACCUGAUGACCCAUGCAGUUACCUUCUUGCUAUAUGGACUCCUGGUGAAACAGCAGAUUCGAUUCAACCACCAGCAGGACCAUGUAACAACCAGGAAUCAGGUGGAUUAUGCAGUGAUGAAACCUGUUUUGCAUGCAGCAGCACAAGGGAAGCACAAUCCCAAACUGUUCGAGGGACUAUUUUGAUACCCUGCCGGACUGCUAUGAGAGGGAGUUUUCCACUCAAUGGGACAUACUUCCAGGUUAAUGAGGUGUUUGCAGACCAUGCUUCUAGCAUAAACCCACUCAACAUACCUAGAUAUUUGUUGUGGAAUUUGCCAAGGAAAACAGUGUACUUCGGAACCUCUGUAACUUCUAUAUUUAGAGGUAUGGAAACUAAAGACAUCCAGUUUUGCUUCUGGAGAGGUUUCGUUUGCGUGAGAGGAUUUGACCGGGAGAGCAGAUCUCCAAGACCACUUAUGGCGAGGCUACAUUUUCCGCCAAGCAAGUUAUCCAGAGGGAAAGAGAAGAAAGAAAGCGAGUAGAUUGUAACACUCAUUGAACACGGAAUUCGGGUUCAUGUAACAGGCUCAACUUUGUAACCAUUAAUCUUUAACUGCUAAUGAGAGUGACUGAUUGUUUUUCUUCAUCA